AUGGAAGACGAGGAUCAGAACGGCACAACCCAUGUUGAUCAAGAAAGCAAUGAAGAAGACAGAGACACAACAACCACCUCAAGAGUUUUUCCAUGUCUCUUCUGUUCAAGAAAGUUUUACAGUUCUCAGGCCUUGGGAGGCCACCAAAACGCUCACAAAAAGGAAAGAACAGCGGCAAGAAAGGCCAAACGAGCUUCUGAAUAUGCAUCCUCAAUGAACUUCCCAAUACUUUCACACACUACCCAACCGCCAAUGGUUUUUGCUCCAAACCAUCAUCACCAUCUAGGCCUCUUGCAUCCUUCAAUGUAUAUAACUGCUCAUGCAGCCAACCUCAGAUACUUUCCCAGCCCUCAGCAAUUCUCAUCCGACGGUUUCGGAUCCAACGGUGGAGCCAAGUUUGAGAAUUUAGCGUACUAUGGUGGAAAUUGCUCAUCAACCAAUAACAUUAAUGGUUAUAAGUAUGAGGAGGAUGAGCAGAGUUUCUUGAAUUGGCAAAGGAGCAUAAGGUACAAUGGCUUCAGUGGAGGAGGAGGAGGUUCCUCUCACCAUUCUUCAGUGAAAAAUGGCAAUCACAGUCCUGGGAUUGGUGAUACGGGUAAAGAGCAAAAACUUGAUCUUUCUCUCCAUUUGUAG